CUGAAGAGUCCUGUGUAGCUUGCGGUGGCUUUGUUGUUUGUCCCGAGAGGUGUGUAGUUGUUUGUGGCUUGGUCAGUUGUCCUGUUUUGCUUUCUCUGAGCUGGGUGAGGCUGGGGAUGCCAGCCCAUCUCCAGCUGCAGAGGGACGCUGAGGUGGCUGGGGCUGCCCUUCCCUCAUUGUGUGCCUCCAGAGAGCCCGGCAGAUGCCAGAGUGCUUGGGGUGGUGCCGCUGGUUCAGUCACAACAAGCGGACCUCCUGGCUGUGCUGUGCUGCAGCUGACACGGUGGCUUGCCUGGUGAAUCAUAAGUAAAUGCUGCUGAGAGCUGAGCUUUUUGCAGACAGCACAGCAUUAGCCCCACUCCUUGGACAAGCUCCAGCUUGGGCGAUUCCACUCGGACACUUUAAAUGCUCCCUGUCAUCUUUGCCAGGCGCAAGACUCUGCUCUUCUGCCUGUGAGCUCUUGGAGACUUAUUGGGAGCUGUAAAACAGCUGCUGCUUUCACUCUCUGGUUGUUUUCUGGCUGGAUGUAGGGGAUUUGUCUGUAGAGCCUGACUGUGGGACUGUGAAAGAGGCUCUGUUAAUGCCAAGCAAUGAUUUGCCAAUAAAGGUUGGCUUUAUUUUUCCCAUCAGCCCCUCAAUUCUGAUGGCUGCCGAGGGCUGAUGUUGGACACAGGGGCUGCUGAGCUGUCAUGGGGAACACCACCAGCGAGCGAGUGUCCGGGGAACGCCAUGGCUCCAAGUCCCACCGCUCGGACGGCUCCGGGGCCUCCCACCCCACCAAGGAGCACCCACACAAGAUCAUGGUGGGCAGCACCGAUGACCCCAGCGUUUUCAGCUCCCAUGACUCCAAGAUUCCUGGGGACAAGGAGUUUGUGUCGUGGCAGCCAGAUCUAGAGGAGUCAGUGAAACCAUCCCAACAGGCUCGACCAACUGUCAUCCGCUGGGCCGAUGGAGGCAAAGAAGUCUUCAUCUCUGGAUCCUUCAACAACUGGAGCACUAAGAUCCCACUCAUCAAGAGCCACAACGACUUCGUUGCUAUCCUGGAUCUCCCAGAAGGAGAGCACCAGUACAAAUUUUUUGUGGAUGGCCAGUGGGUCCAUGACCCAUCUGAGCCCGUGGUCACCAGCCAGAUGGGGACGAUUAACAACCUAAUCCACGUCAAGAAGUCUGACUUCGAGGUGUUCGAUGCAUUGAAGGUGGAUUCCCUGGAAAGCUCAGAAACCUCAGGUCGGGACUUAUCAAGCUCACCACCUGGACCUUAUGGCCAAGAGAUGUACGUAUACCGGCCCGAGGAGCGCUUCAAAUCCCCACCCAUCCUCCCACCUCAUCUCCUCCAGGUCAUCCUGAACAAGGACACCAAUAUCUCGUGCGACCCAGCACUGCUGCCCGAACCCAACCACGUCAUGCUCAAUCACCUCUACGCGCUCUCCAUCAAGGACGGCGUGAUGGUGCUCAGUGCCACGCACCGCUACAAGAAGAAGUACGUCACCACGCUGCUGUACAAACCCAUCUGAGCCAGAGCCUCGCCCACCCCCCACGCAGGACACGAAACGCCGCUUUGUCUGCACACACUGGGCCACAGGACUGUGUGAGAACUGGGUGCUGGCUCCAGCCUCAAACCUGGCAGGGACACAGGCCCUGGCAAUGAGCCCAGGGCCGCUGGGGCCUGUGACACUGUCUCAUCCUACUGGCGUGGUUUGAUUUAGCCCUUGGUUUCCGCCCACCUGCAGCUCCCCUAGGCUUCUGUGGGUCUCUGGGACCACUUUGCUGCUCACCAGAACAGCCUUUCCUCACGCCCAACAUGGAAAGGGCUUCACCCUGCCUGUCUUCUCCAGCCUGCAAGGGCCUCAAGGUGAUCCUAGCACUACCCGCAGCCCAGGCCUCCAGGAAUGUGUCCUACCUGCUGAAGGUUGCUCUGGUGUCUUGGUCUUGAGUUUCCAAAGGCCACCUUGAUCACUAGAGGCUCCGCGACACUCCAGCCUGCUACCUGCCCCCUGUCCCACAGCCCUGGCUGUGGGGCUGUCCCCCAGCUUUGAGGAGGGCUCUCAGCUCUGGAGCCCCAGCCCCCUGCCAGGUUCAGCGUGGAGCCAGCAGGGUGGAAGGUACAGCCGGACACAGCCACGCUUACCUGCCGCUGGGACAGCACCGUCAAGGACUGACUGCUCUGUCCCCAACACUGAGUGCUUCUAUGGGACAGGGCUGGCUUCAUCAUAGCCAGAGGGGCACUGGCACAUGCCCACGCUGAAGGGGCCUGGGGCGAGCAGAGCCGGGCAGGCACCCCAGGACCCUGGCUGCACCGCCUGCUGCCGCAGCAGUGCCAUGGGACAGGGAUUUAUUUAUUACAGUAUUUAUUGUUCUCAGUG